AUGAGCAGCCGACCUCGCCCUGCCGGUAUGGCUGGUGCCAUUCGAGAUAAGCAACUUUCGAAAUUUAACGAAGAUGAGGCGUCGAAUUUAUUGGAGUGGAUUGCAACGAUAACAAAAGAGGACUUCAAUACGAGUGGUUCCCGAGAAAACUUCAGUGAAAGACUUAAAGAUGGACAGCUUCUGUGCAGAUUGUUAAACGCAAUUCAACCCGGUACCGUUAAAAAAAUCAUGAAACCAAUGAGCAAUUUUAACUGCAUGGAAAAUAUUAAUCAAUUUUGUACGAGCGUACGCGAGAUGGGUGUUAAAGAUGAAGAAACUUUUCAAUCUGUCGAUCUUUUCGAAUCACGUGAUUUUUUCUCAGUUUGCGUCACAUUGCAGUCAUUGGCCAGAUUGGUAAGUUUGAUAGUUAAUCAGACAAAAGAUACUUUCUCGUAG